UUUACUAAUGGUAAGUUACUUUCUGGUUGACCUAAUUCGACGUUUAGGUUGUCAAUUUUAGUGUGGUAGAGAAAGAAAGUUAGGAGUUACAGAGAUUUAAAGGCUAGUGUUUGCGCGGCUCUCACCUAACUCAAAGGAUAUCAGUUCCGUCGCCAUCUUCGAUCAGCGAAAUUGAAGGUUUGCUAAAAUUAGGUGGUGGGUGGAAGAGUUAUGAAAUUAUACUUUAGAAUCCUGAAUAAGUUGAUUCAUAUAUUCUAUUUGAAAGCAUAAGAUGCCACAAUAUUAUUUCUCUCAUCUGAGUGUAGCACUCAAGCGAGGAAUCCAAAGGUCGGUGGCUGCAGGUCAAGAAGGUGGUAUUCAAGAAUCAUUCAGAUUUCUUUUUGGACAAGGAAAACUGUUUGGGAAUCGGAAGUUGCUUCAUUCUUUAGCUUUUUCAGUUUUUGGUGAUAUGCAGCAUGUGGUUAUUCGACCUGGAAAUGUUUUUGUUUCUCGAUCAAAUCUACAGUUGAUUAAUAGUAGAAGGAAUAUUUCAGUUCUUGGACCACUUUAUCGUACAUUCUCUAUUCCUUUGGCAUCUGGACCUUCAUUUGAGGUCUGUGGAAUUCACACUGAGAAUUCUAAAAACUCAGAGAAAUCAGUAAUGGCUGUGAUUGGUUCAAGAGCUAUAUAUCACGAUUGUUCGUUAAACAAUUGGACUUCUGAAAUCAGACAACUCCCAGCCUCAGCCAAUAAGCCUGCUUCUUGUAGAUACAAUGGAACAUUAGAAAGUUGCAGGGAAGCUAGGAUGUGUUUGCAAAAUAAGAGACAAUCAAAUGAUUUGUCGAUUUAUGGGUUCUUCAUAUGCAACUUGAUUGGAAGAAAAGACAAUAUCCUUCCUGGCUUGAGAUUUGGAUUGGCUAGAUACUAUAACUCCUUGAGUACGUGCUCAUCUGCUGGUACAGCUUCUGAUAUGUCUUUUGAUAACUCUCUGGAGGAACAACUAGCAAUCCCUGGAAUUUCUUCUGAUGGGGAUGAGAUGGCUGGUAGAAAAUUGAAGUUGAUUUCUGGAUCGUGUUAUUUGCCUCAUCCUGAUAAAGAAGCAACUGGAGGAGAGGAUGCUCAUUUCAUUUGUACCGAUGAACAAGCAAUCGGUGUAGCUGAUGGAGUUGGAGGUUGGGCUGAUCAUGGAGUUGAUGCUGGGCUAUUUGCCCGAGAAUUGAUGUCUCAUUCAGUUGAUGCAAUAAGAGAAGAGCCAAAGGAUUCUAUAGAUACCUCUAGGGUCUUGGAGAAGGCUCAUGCAAGCACAAGAGCUGAUGGAUCUUCAACUGCUUGCAUUGUCGCGCUUACAAAACAGGGUCUACAUGCCAUUAACUUGGGAGACAGCGGUUUUGUAGUGGUUAGGGACGGAUGUACUGUUUUUCGAUCGCCAGUACAGCAACAUGAUUUCAAUUUCACAUACCAAUUGGAGAGUGGAAAUAGUGGUGAUCUCCCUAGCUCUGGUCAGGUGUUCACGAUUCCUGUUGCAUCGGGUGAUGUUAUAAUUGCUGGUACGGAUGGGCUUUUCGACAAUCUGUACAACAAUGAAGUAACCGCAAUAGUGGUUCACGCAGUUCGAGCAGGCUUAGGGCCUCAGGUUACAGCUCAGAAAAUUGCUGCACUUGCCAGACAACGAGCACAGGAUAGAAAUAGACAAACACCUUUCUCAACCGCUGCACAAGAUGCUGGCUUUCGUUACUAUGGUGGCAAGCUAGAUGAUAUCACAGUUGUUAUCUCCUAUAUUACAACCGACACCAAUGAAACCGAGGAAAGUUGAUGAGCAAUAUAAGAUGUAGAGUUGAGAAAUCGACAUGAAAUGAAUUAGACAAAACAAUGGAGGGUGGAUGGUUGCUUCUUUGGGCCAAAUGGGUGUAAAUAGAUUUGAAGAGUGGUUGGUUACUUGGUUUGGUUCAAAAGCUUCACUUGUUUUAGUAUAAACCAAUUUGCCCACCAUCUAUUACUCCUAUUUAAGUUUAAAAUCAUACUUUUAAUCAC